AUGGAAAAAGCCGCAGAAGGUCAACCCGCAGCAGCAGGCGGUCCUGCACCAAAACCGGGAUCAUUAGCAAGUUCAGAAAAACUGAUACGUUCAUUUCUUAAACAAAAAGGGGUUGUAGAAACGGACAAGGGGACAAAAUUUAAAACCAGAACGCUUAAUUUUAGUUUCGAUGAUAUGGUUGCUGAUCUUACAAAAAAUGUAACAAAAAAAAAAAAAUUUAAAUGCAAUCCAACAUCAAAAAUUAUUGAAAGAAUUAAAAAAAUUAAAUAUGCCUGUUUAUUAUAUACGUAGUGAAAAUCUUAAGGGUCAGUAUCGAAACUUAAGUGAACUUAGUGGUCCGUCAACGUCACAUGCGUCAUCGCCACCAGCCUAUGAAACACCGCCACCGGGUAUUGUUACAGCACAACCUGUGUUUCCCGACUACCCGCUAACACCGAUGAGUAAAAAAGGAAAACCACGACCGUACAUGUAA